UACCCGCGUCGACGGUCUCCUUGUUUAUAUCUCUCUCUCUCUAAAUUCACUUUCCCAAAUACAAAAGCAAACGAAAGCGGUAGAGAGAGAAAGAGGGGAGCAGAAAAGGGGGUUCCACUCUCUUGAGAUUCAACUAAAGUGAUUCAUCUCGAGAUCUAGCAAGGAAGGAAUUUGUGCGGUCGAUAAGAACCCUAUCGCAGCGGUGCGAAUUGAAUCAGGACUCUGAAUACAGUUGAAAAUGGGGCAAAACAGCCGGAAGACGCUGAUCUACGCGCUGGUGGCGCGGGGAACGCCGCCGGUGGUGCUGGCGGAGUACACGGAGUUCAGCGGGAACUUCAAUUCGAUAGCGUAUCAGUGCCUCCAGAAGCUUCCGGCCUCCAACAACAAGUUCACCUACAACUGCGACAAUCACACCUUCAAUUACCUCGUUCAUGACGGAUUCACUUACUGUGUUGUUGCUGAAGAGUCAGCUGGAAGGCAGCUUCCUAUGGCUUUUCUAGAACGCAUAAAGGAUGACUUUGUAGCGAAAUAUGGUGGAGGGAAGGCUGCAACAGCUCCUGCGAAUGGCCUUAACAAAGAAUUUGGACCAAAAUUGAAGGAACAAAUGCUAUACUGCGUCGAGCACCCUGAGGAGAUUAGCAAAUUUGCAAAGGUCAAGGCUCAGGUUUCAGAAGUGAAAGGUGUUAUGAUGGAAAAUAUCGAGAAGGUUCUAGAUCGCGGUGAGAAGAUAGAGCUUCUGGUGGAUAAGAGUGAAAACCUUCAUCAUCAGGCCCAGGACUUCAGAAACACCGGAACGCAAAUCAGGAGAAAAAUGUGGUUGCAAAACAUGAAGAUCAAACUGAUCGUUUUGGCGAUCAUCAUUGCGCUGAUCCUCAUAAUAGUUCUCUCGGUCUGCAAGGGGUUCCAUUGUUGAAAAUUCAUUCGUUUACUCACUCAUCAUAUCAUCUGCAGAUCUCGUGUGCUGAAUCAUCGAGUGCAUCUUUUGUACGUGUAUAAAGCAGUAAAACUAUACCAUGUUUGCUAGGAGACCUCUUUUUGAUUUAGUUGUGCCGAUUUAAAUAACAACUAUCAUCAUAUAUUCUGCUACCCCUAACGCCAUUUUUAUCUGAUAAUGUAUCCUAUUUAUGCCGA